AUCCGAACUCCAUCAUGGGCUGCCCCCUCUUGCGGAACGCGUUUGCUGGUUUUCUGCUGGUUCUGCUGUCGAAAGCUUCCAGUGUGCACGGAGGAGAGUUCGGACACCUGCCGGACAACAUUACAGUGCUGGAAGGAGAAAGAGUCACUUUGAGAUGUCGGAUCGAUGAGGAGGUGACCCACAAGGCCUGGCUGAACCGCUCAAACAUUCUGUUCACGGGGACGGACAAGUGGUCGCUGGACAAGCGUGUGACACUGGCCAACAGCAACAACAGCGACUUCUCCAUCCACAUCGACGAAGUCCAAGUAACCGACGAGGGGCCCUACACCUGCAGCUUCCAGGCCAAUAACAAGCCCCGCAUUGCCCACGUCUACCUCAUUGUCCAAGUGCCGGCGAGAAUUGUCAACAUCUCAAAAAACGUGUCGGUAAACGAAGGCGAGAAUGUAAACCUCUACUGCCUGGCAGUGGGUCGCCCUGAGCCCACCGUCACCUGGAAAGACCAGAAAUAUGGGUUGGUGAGUGACGGCGAGUUCCUAGACAUCACGGAGAUCAAGAGGCAGCAGGCCGAGGACUACGAAUGCAUCACCAACAAUGGAGUGGCUUCACCAGAUCAGCGGAAGGUCAAGGUCACGGUCAACUAUCCUCCCUUGAUCACAGACAUGAAAAACAUGCCAGCCCAUUUGGGUAAGACCGCCAUCUUGCGCUGCGAAGCCAUGGCAGUGCCGCCAGCCUCCUUCGAGUGGUACAAAGAUGACCACAGGCCGGUGGAGAGUGACAACACCCUAAGGAUCAAAAACGAGAAGACGCGCUCGCUGUUGCUGUUCACCAACGUGACGGAGAAACACUUUGGCAACUACACCUGCUUUGCCUCAAACCGUCUGGGGGCUUCCAACGCCAGCAUGCUGCUGUUUCGACCGGGGGCCAUCCAGGGGCGAGGGACCGGUCUACAUGCAGGGAUGAGUGUCGGCGUGUCUGUUUGGGUUUCCCUCUCUGCUCUUCUUCUGCUGAAGCUGUAA